UUUUUUUUAUUCAUUUGAAUCCAAACAAAGAGGAGGAAGGACCUUCAUCUUCCUCACUUUUUAAAUCUUUUCCUCCCCUCAGUGACUCCUCCUGCUGUCUGCCCUUUCUCCUCCUCCUGUAACUCCUCCUCCUCCUCCUCUUCCCCCUCAUGUUUCUGUUCAGCUCUGCAGUCACAGUUUGCACAUGUGGGGCAUUCAGGGCACUUUAGAGCUGCAGGAAAACUCAAACUCUUCUCUUUCAUUUUUAUUUUUGAAUCUUUUUUUGAGGACGUUUGUUGAGGCCAGCGUUCAGGGUCAAUGGGGUAUCAGAGGAGCAUGUGGCACAGUCUUGCUGGAGGAGGAGGAGGCGAUGUAGCUGUGGUUAGGUGUUUCUGCUCAGAGGAACAGGUGAAGAUCUCCUUCAGGAGUGUGGAGGAGGGUCGGUGGCUCAGACGAGUGUUUGUGCGCCGCUGGCUUGGUGGACUGUCGGUGUCGCUGCUCUUCAGAUAUUUAGCCAAACCCUCAGAGGACUGGUUAGCCGAGUCCCCCCGCCUGUCCACCGCCUCCAUCAGCAGCGAUGAGCGUGCUCCAUCGGCCACAUCCUCCGACUCCUCCGACCUGCUGGCAUCUUACCGGCGCCCCGUGAGCCUGAUCUCCACUUUGUCCUCCGGGUCUGGAUCCUCCAGAGAUGACAACCUCGCCCUGCCUCCAUCUAUCACCAGCUCUUCCUCGGACCCCGACAUCAACCUGAACCUGAGCCCUGAGGAGGGUGCCGCAGACCUCCAGGGGUCGAGCCCCCAACCCAACAGGAGCGGGCGGAGCUUCAUUCACAACAAAAACAACACCAACAAAGACUGGAAGGCGAGUCGUACCUCGAGCCGCCGGCAGCCGGCUUCACCGUUUAUCCGCGCCAGCAUGGCGCCCAACCCUCAGCUGACCUACCUGGACCGCGUUGUCAUGGAGAUCAUCGAGACAGAGAGGAUGUACGUGAGAGAUCUGCGCAUGAUCGUGGAGGACUACCUGGCUCACAUCAUCGAUCAGUCCGACCAGUUGGAUCUGUCGAUCCGUCCUGAGCUGGUCUGCGCUCUCUUUGGAAACAUCGAGGACAUCUACGAGUUCAACAGUGAGCUGCUUCAGGAUCUCGACCAGUGUGACAACGACCCCGUUGCCAUCGCCAGGUGCUUCGUCAUGAAGAGCGAGUACUUUGACAUCUACACACAGUACUGCACCAACUACCCAAAUUCGGUGGCGGCGCUGACGGAGUGCAUGAGGAACAAAUCUCUUGCCAAAUUUUUCCGGGACCGCCAGUCCUCGCUUAAACGUUCGCUGCCUCUGGGUUCAUACCUGCUCAAACCUGUUCAGAGGAUCCUUAAAUACCACCUGCUGCUACAGGAGAUAGAGAAGCAUUUUGACCCAGAGGAGGACGGUUAUGAGGUGGUAGAGGAGGCCCUCUACACUAUGACAGGAGUGGCAUGGUACAUUAAUGACAUGAAGAGAAAACACGAACACGCCGUCCGACUCCAGGAGGUUCAGUCACUGCUGCUGAACUGGAAAGGUCCUGAUCUCACCACAUACGGAGAAUUGGUUCUGGAGGGAAACUUCAAGGUCCAUCGAGCCAAAAAUGAAAGAACGCUCUUUCUCUUUGACCGGGUGCUGCUCAUCACCAAACGUCGCGGCGAGCACUAUGUCUACAAGACGCACAUCUCUUGCUCCACACUGACGCUCAACGAAAAUGCCAAAGACUCCCUGAGCUUCAGCGUCAUGCAUUACAAAAACCCCAAACAGCCUCACACCGUCCAGGCUAAGACGGUGGAGGAGAAGAAGCUCUGGGCUCAUCACAUCAAACGCAUCAUUGUGGAAAACCACCAAGCCAUCAUCCCACAGAAGGCAAAAGAAGCUAUCCUGGAGAUGGACUCCAUCUAUCCUUCCAAGUACCGUUACAGUCCUGAGCGCCUGAAGAAAGCCACAUCCUGUCACUCUGACGAGUUCCCACGAGACGCUCGUCAGGGCCGCCGACAGUCAGAGCCGAUCAAACAAACCCUGAAGAGCAACAAAGCGCUCCUGGAGGAGGCAGAGGGAGGCGGCGUCUCUUCAGACAACUCUAACAAAGAAAAUGGACGACUCACUGAAGAAGAAGAGCCAGGUGGCACCGAGCCGACACCUAAGCAGCCAGCUGUAGAGAAGCUACCACAGGAGAAGAUGUCUGAACCAAUCUCAGAACCAGAACAUUUCACUGAUCCGACCCCUUCCAACAUUUCCAAUUCCUGUCGAAAGUCAGAGGACCUGAAACCUGAAGUAGAUCCAGAACCCACAGAGGAUCCAUCCUCAGCUACACCUGAUUCAGAUUUGAAGACCUUGAGCAGUGGGGAGUCCUCUGAUGAUGAGGACAACGAGAAGGAGACAGCAGAGAAGGAAGGCGAAGCCACCAGCAUCCUCCCGUCCUCCGUCCUGGACAAAGCUAGCGCCAUCGCCCAGCACUUCACCAACAGCAUCAAGCGAGGCAGCGUGGCCCAGGACGACACCCGCUCGCUCGGUUGUCCUUCACCUCGGUUACCCAGCAGGAGUGGCAGCAGCCUCAGCCUGAGUGCCGAAGCAGACGACCGACCUCCGCGGCUCUGCAGCUUUGUUGUCGAUCCUGCAGAGACCUUCGGUGGGACAGAUUUGACCAUGUUGUCUCCUCGAGAUGACAGUCUCUUUGACAGCGACCGAAGCAUUAGGCGAAGACGGGACUCCACACUGUCCAAGCAGGACCAGCUGCUCAUUGGGAAAAUCAAGAGUUACUAUGAAAAUGCUGAAAACCAAGAUGCCACUUUCAGUCUUCGGCGCAGAGAGAGCCUCACAUACAUCCCAUCUGGGCUGGUCAGGAGCUCCGUCAGCCGGUUCAACAGCACCUCGACCUCCUCCACCUCCACUGUGGACCCUACUUCUGCAGAGUCACACUCUGCUUUACCCCAAAAUACCCAGGAUCUUAUGGGCUGUAGUGGCUCUUUGGACUCUUUGAAGUCUGAACAAAGAAGCACUGAUCCAGAAGAUUCAGAAGGCAGCCAGAGGUCCAGGUCUCAAAGUGUGCAGGAUAAUUUCUCUGAUGAUGAAGAGUUCAAACCUUCAUCUGAAAUGAUUAAGAUCUGGCAGGCGAUGGAGCGAGACAUCAAAAAAUCCCAGAGUGAAGAUGGAGGGCAGGAUCGAACCAAAGAAGCUCCAGUAACCUCCAGAAUCUCCGGCCUUUCUUUCCCAACCAAAAACUCUUCCCAAGAAAGCAGAGCUUCUGAUCUCAGCACAAUCAAAGAAGAGUCGACAAACCCUAUGCCCCUCAAGCCCAAAGCCUCGGAGGUGAACCGGACAGGAAGCGUGAGGGACACGCUAAAGAUGUUUGGGGAAGAGGCCGCCGUCCUCAGGGCUCCAGUGCCUCGGGUCACCCAGCUGAAGGUGGAGGCAGAAAAGGAGCACCCCAGUAGCGCUUCAGACCAGGUGGUCGAAGUGGACAAGACGGCGAGCAAAGUCCUCCACCUGGCUCGUCAGUACAGUCAGCGAAUCAAAACCUCCAGCCCGGUGGUCCGACAGCGAAGUCAGGGUCUCCUCUUUGGAAAGAAGAGCUUAGCCAGUGUGGUGGAGGAGAGGGAAGGUUCAGGUAAACCCAGCCUGACUCUGCCGCUGGUUUCUCAUAAGCAGGCAACUUCUUUGCCGCUGAGUCCUGUAGACCACAUGAGGUCUUUAACCCUCGGCUUCACCUCCAGCUCAGCGGGAAACUCCAGGGUGUCGCCUCGCUCUCGCAGCCCCCUCAGUCCACCUCCUCCCCUCGAAGGCUUCAACUGGCCCGAUGUCCAGGAACUCCGGUCCAAGUACUCCACCAACAGCUGCUCCCAGAAGAGCGCAGUCAGUCGGAGUCAAUCCAUCCCGGAGCAGUUCGACAGCAGUCUGAGGAGACACUCCAGCUGCUCCUCGGGUCGCUUCCUCGCUGACGAAGCUCCCAGCAGGGUUUCUUCACAAAGGCCUCACAGAAACCGGGAUGCCAGCCGGGAGGAACGCAGCAAACGGCUCCUCAGAGCCAAUUCACUGGAUCCUCGGCUGAGUGAAUGUCAGAUGAGUGAGCUGCAAAAGCUCCAGGACCAGGUGGCAAACGACGGUUACUACAUUGCAGCUGAGGCCCCCCUAACAAAUGACCCCAAACACAAGAUCAUUGUCAUGGAGAAGCUUCCAGAGCCAGAAGAAACAGCCAGAGACAAAAAAGAUGAAAGUUACGUCCAGAUCCGUUCACCCACCAGCAGAGAGAAGAUCUCCAUCAUGGCCGUCAUCGACCGGUGCCGGGCCUACCAGGAGUCUGACGAAUACCAACAGAGGGAGGAACUGAAGGCCAAAACCGAGCAGAACAAGUCCACAGCAUUGUCUGCUGAUCAAGAUGUUUCCCAGAAAACGAGAUCGACCUCAGGACCGAAGGCGGAAGGAGGUCAGCAGAGCAUCGUGAAGAACCUGAGGGAAAGGUUUCAGAGCCUGAGCUGAAGAGAGAGUUGUCCGAGCUCUCCUCUACAUGUCACGACUCUCAGUUUAUAACCAAAAGAUGUAACAAUGACAGGUUGCUCAAGUUUUAAUAAUGACAUAAUUAUUUAAUUUAUGUGCGCAUGAAAGGAAAAGCUGUUCUAGCAUGUGGUAAUGGCACAAAUGUUCAAGGGGUUGAAAUAUUAAAACAAAGAAGUUAUCAUAUGUGUAUAUAAAGUCUGCAGUUAGAAUUCUUUCUGCUAUCUUAGAAAUGUAAAUAUCUUAUUGGAAAUCUUGAUGGGAGCACCUUUCUGUGCAGGAUGCCGUGUUCUGCACUGGGUUAUUACAUCACUUUCUGUCCAGGUGGAAUCAGGACUACACUAAGGGAUCACUUAAAGCUCCAAACUGCAGCCACUUAAACUCUUUAAAGCUCCACUGUGAGAGGACUAACCACUAAACUCACGUCGUUGUUCAUUCCCGGUGUAAAAAGCAACCAGGUUGAGCUUGUGCUGUGUGUCGAGCAUUUCACCUCUUCACCUGACCUCCCUGAAGCCCCAACUCCUGUGACUCAGAGGUCAGACUGAUGCAGUGGUUUGGAAUUACUGCAGCACUCGGUCACUGAUUUUAAAUUUCAGAAUAAGGAUUUUUGGAUUUUAAAAAUAUGGAGGUCUACAUCGUCAGCACCAGACUCACCUCUUUGUUGUGAGAGGUCUUGUUGCAGAAAUAACGGCCUUCAUAUUUCACUUGUUUGAUGGUGAUUUUAUCAGAGACCUCCCAUUCCUUGGUGAUUAUGAAUCUUUGAACAGUCACCUCUGAAUCACCAGAGCUUGGUCGGGGUAUUUGGGGCCACCCGGAGCAGCGGGGCGUUGGUAACGCCACCGUUCGGUGAGGUCAGAUUAUUCUUUGUGUUAAUGUCUGCUUGAUAUGAAGGCAGCUUUAAUCCCUCCUUGUGCAGGGGAGCAGCAGUAAUACACUGGCUUUGGAUAGUACCUUGUACAACACAACCACAAAGACCAAACCAUCCUUCAAAGGAGCAGUACUUUAUAUCAAACUCUCUGUGACUGCCUCGUUUAGACUGUCUGUAGGGGGAUGUGUUGGCUCCAAAAGAAGAGGAAAAGCCCCUCAGAGUUUGUGUGAUCUGCACUUUGUGAGUUGGUAACUUGUAGAGCGAAGAGCUGACCAAGCUAAUUGUGUCUGAGGGCUGGGGUGAGAGGCCUCGUCAUGAUCAGGACUUCCUCUCCCGGAUCCGUCUGCUGUCAGUUCAGACUGUUGAGACUAGAAGACGGUUCAGUGAAGCCAACAUGAACGCAUCUGAUACCUGCACACAGUGUCAGUUAUUGAUCAUCAGCUUCUGGUCACACUGAUUGAUUGUGGUCACCACCUUAAAGUCAGACUGUUCCUUCCAGUGACUAGUACUUUAAAGACAUAACCAUGAGUAAAUGUUCACGACAGCCAGAGCAGUGCACGGAGCCCCAAACCUGCCUCAUUAGAAAAAAAAUUAAUAAACACAGGUGAUGGAUUUAUUAACUGUCCAGUAAUUACUAAACUGUAAAUAAGUGAAGUACAAAUGAUUAUUUUUGUUUGGCCAAGUUCUCUUUUUCCUGUUAACAAUCAUAAAUAUUCAACUGUAAAAGUCCUUAGUAGUUUAUUUAAUAAUUGAUAUUUAAAGGAAUUUCAGUUUUUGUGCCUUGUUGUUGUAUUUCAUCAUAUUUUCUGUAAGUCAAUAUUUUCCUAAUAAGUCAUGUGUUGGACUCUGCUGCUAGCACUUUGUUCAGAGGCACAUGGCAGAUUUGAACAUGUGACUUCCCACCUGCAUAUCCUGCUCCUCAGUCCACUGUUAACAGUCAUGUGACGAUGUCAUGUACUCCCUAUUUAUUUGAUCAGAUGUAAAUAGAAACACAUCACCUGUCUUUCUAUAAAUGUGUGUGUGUGUGUGUGUGUGUCUACAAAUGUGUUUGUAUGACGUCUGUUCUGCAUUGAAACUACAUAUACAAGAAAAAGCGUGUACAUUCUUUACAUGUACACAGUAUUAUGUGUGUCAUGCACACAGUUCUCUUCCUGCAGCAUCCCUGUCGGUCACAAACGACUCUGCUGAUUGGUUGAUGGAUGCAGGCUCGAUUUCAUACUGAAGAAGCUCAGAGUCGUGCAGCCAGCUAACGUUAGCGCUCAGACUGCUCUCCUCACAUUACUCACCUAGAAUUAUCGUGCUGAUAAACACUGUGCACGCCAUAAUUUGAUAUUAAAUUUGUGUUGUUUUUUUUUAAGUAUGACAGAAUGACGCGGAAUAAUUGAUGAUGGUUGUCAUCAAUACUGUAAAAGAAGCCUGUACAGACAUUUAUUACACACCCAGUGUGUAAGGUUUACACUAGGCCUGGGUAUCGUCACUGAUUGCUAGAAUCGAUUUGAUUCCGAUUCACAAGGUCCUGAAUCAAUGCGAUUCGAUUCGAUUUGAAUCGGGGAAAUUUUGCCUCAGUCAGAAAUAUUAUAAUUCUGAUCACUUAUCAGUACAUAUCUUUAUUUUUAUAUCUAUAAAAAGAAAGCUGACACUUGUGAGACUUUAUCAAAGGUGUAAGCAUCACAGCAGAUUCCUUUGUGUCAAAGUAACUGAGGAUAAAACACGGAAAAAAAUAAAGGCGGUUUUCCUGGUCUGGGUUUUUAUAGCAGAUGACCUUAAAAAUAUUGUGCAGUCAAAAACGAAGUGAAGCAGA